AUGUACGCCUCCUCCGCUAUCCGGGCCCGCCUGGCCAACGUCGCUGUCCGUCGUGGUUUCUCCACCACCCGCGCUCAGUUUGGCAGCCCCUACCACUACGCCGAGGGCCCUCGCACCAACAUCCCCUUCAACCCUCUGACCAAGCACUUCUUCUGGCGCUACUGGGCUUUCAUGAGUUCGUCACAUAUAACACCCCGACCACAGACCCACAAUACUAACGUAGAGCCUCCUUUAGCUGUCGGUUUCGGUGCUCCCUUCGCCAUUGCCGUCUGGCAAACCUACAAGACCAAAUAA